GUGUCCACGGCGGUCGGUAACGACGGGUCCCUUGGACCAUUCCAUAUUUAAAUAUUUUAAAUCGUGUUUUCAUUCGCGAAUAUUGUUGAGUGUAGAUGUUUUUUUUUUAAUAAAAAAGAAAUAAGGAAACAUAUUUCACAAAUAUCGUCGACGUGACAUGCAGAACACAUUCAAGAUAAAAUGUCAGAGAAAUACGGGGUUACAAUGACAGAUAGCGCGGUGUUUACGAAACAACGGGUUUCGCCAUUUCUGAGACAGCUAUUGGCCGUAAGCGGUAUCGUGUUAUACAUGAUCGGCACUGGCGCCAAUAUCGCUUACCCUGGAGUCCUGUUGCAACAGUUACGUCAACCAGACUCAGCUGUACAUCUGACUCCAGAGCAUGAGUCAUGGAUCGCAUCAAUCCUAGGCCUAGCUCUCAUCUCAGGCAUCAUCGUGGCACCGUUCUGUCUGCAGAAGUUGGGACGUCGUCUUACUAACCAGCUGAGCACUCUUCCCGCCCUCGCUGGAUGGGCUUUGCUGGUGGCCGCCAAGGGUCCUACAGCGUUACUGAUGAGCAGGUCCUUGCAGGGUUUCGGCAUGGGCAUCCAAGCAGCCGCCGCCCCUGUUUCCAUCGCUGAGUACUCUGCCCCGAAACACAGAGGAGCUUUCCUUGCAACCAUCGCGUUUUCAUUCGCAACCGGUAUGCUGGUUGCUCACAUCUUCGGUACCAUCCUCUAUUGGAGAUCAGCAGCUCUGGCCUGUGGUUCUUUUUAUGCCAUAUCUCUCGUCUUAAUCUCGUUAUCACCUGAAACACCACCAUUCCUCGCGACAAAAGGCAGGUUCAGUGAAUGCCGUAAAUCAUUUCGAUGGUUAAGAGGACAAGAUGAUGACGCUGAGAAGGAAUUAGAAGUUCUCAUGAACAGCCAAAAACAUAAGGACAUUCAAACACCAAAAAUAUCAAAAUUCAAAACGUAUUCUGAAAUAAUUAUGAAGCCGGAGUUUUACAAGCCAACUGUUAUAAUGAUGUUCAUGUUCGUACUCUUCCAGAUAUCUGGAAUGACUGUGGUACCAUCGUAUACGGUGCCGAUGAUGGCGGAAGUAACAGAUGGUACCAUAGAAUCUUACACGAGCAUGCUCAUGGUCGAUGUUGUGAGAUUCGCUACGGCAGUGUUGGCGUGCAUCGUCGUCAACAAGCUCAAUCGACGCACUGUGCUUUUCUUAGGAAUUUACAUAAGCGUAGCUUCAUUGUUGUUGACUUCUCUUCUUUUAUAUUUAAGAGAUUUUGGAUAUAUAGCUGACGAAUAUAAAUGGACGCCGGUAGUACCCACACUCUUUUACAUUUUUGGAAAAACAUUGGGUAUACUGCCCAUACCCUGGGCAAUCGCUGGAGAAAUAUUUCCCCUGGCGUAUCGAUCACUCGGAAGCGGAAUUUCCGGUAUGUUCCUUUCCAUAAUGUUUUUCGUGGUGGUGAAAACUGCGCCCACAUCGUUCAGACAGAUUGGAGUUAAAGGAACAUUUUGCGUGUAUGGAGUGAGCAUAGCCAUUUGUGGUAUUUUCUUAUUCUAUCUCCUUCCUGAGACUAAAGGUAAAACUCUAUACGAAAUAGAAAGUUACUUUAAGGGAGUUAAAGACAAAACAGGAAAGGUGGAAGUAAGUGAAAAAGAUCGAAUUCUAGAUUUAGAGAAGGUCGAAGAAGGUUGAAUGGGCGAAUGGAAUAUUUAGGAGACGCCUUCCAGCUCUAAGCAGCUGGCCCCGUAGUUAGGAGGACUAUCUUAUGACGACUAUAAUUUAAUUUAUUGCCAUAUACGCUGAAACAUGGAUCCAUUGACGUUAUUACAAAAUUUCCGUGAUGUUAAAAUGCAAUAAAAAUGCAAUAAAUGCAA